AUGUCCCUCGGUCAAAAUUUGGCCUGGAUGCCCCCAGGCCAUCUACGACCCCCGGAUGAUCACCAUUCUGAUGCGCGCGGUAUCAAUGGUCUAUCUAGAGGCUCGUCUGGUACUCGAACGCCCCAAAUGCGCUUUUCCACCAGCGAACAAGGCUCCCAGGCUGGAAAUUUAAUCUCCGAUGCUGACGCUGCCGCGGAGGAAGAUGCUCGCAUCACGCUUUUUCGCGACCUUUACAAUCGCAGCGAGGCCAAGAUCAACGAUUUGUUCAGCGCGAAAAGAAGCAAAUCCGAACCUUCGGAGGAAGAUGCCAUGGCCCUCGAACCCUCGGAAAUUACUCCGGCGCGUCCUCAGGACUCCGCCCGACCGGCCAAGAAAGUUGCGCGAAAAAUCGAUGACGAUGAUUACGACGAAUCUGAUGACGAAGAAGAAAGUGAAACACAGGAAGAUGCGAACGCGUCUCCCUUGAAGUCCAAAUCUGCUGUAACGCAGUUCCACGAUGCAUCGCCCGCAACAGCUACUCCAGCCGAGAGCGGUAAGGAUAUCAAGAAGGACACACUCGAGGGAAUACGGAAGAAGCUUGAAGAGGGCAAAAAGGCGACGGAAGAGGCUGCGCGACAGAGCUUUCAGACCAUUUUCUAUACCCUCGAGAACGACCAUGAUGCUAUGAAAGAACAGGAACGACUGGAGGAGUCGGAGAGACUCGUAGAAGCUGAAAUGUCCGGACAAGGUGUUAACAACGCUGGGAACAAUGCGACCAGUGGUGCCAACGGGUAUGGCUCACUGAGCAAUGCCAAUCUCGGCGCAUCCAGCCUAACAUUGAAGAACCUGAUCGCCCGCAUUGAUAUGAAGCGUACAAUGGUGCAAGCAUCCGACGCCGAGCUUCGCAGCUUGAUGAGCGAGGUCCGCAAAAACCGGAGUAAGUGGGCUAGCGAGGACAAGGUUGGACAGGAAGAACUUUAUGAAGCCGCUGAAAAGGUUUUGAGCGAACUGAAAGCUAUGACUGAGCACUCGUCGUUCUUCUUGUCCAGGGUCAACAAGCGCGAGGCGCCUGACUAUCAUACUAUUAUCAAAUAUCCGAUGGAUUUGGGUACCAUGACAAAGAAGCUGAAGACAUUGCAGUACAAAUCAAAACAGGAAUUCGUCGAUGACCUCAACCUGAUCUGGGCCAACUGUUUGAAAUACAACGCUUCACCGGAACACUUCCUGCGCAAACAUGCCUUGUACAUGAGAAAAGAAACAGAGAAGCUGGUCCCCUUGAUUCCUGACAUUGUGAUCAGAGAUCGCGCAGAAGUGGAAGCAGAGGAACGGAGACUCCAGCUUGCCGAAAUGGAUGGUGCCGAAGAAAGUGAUGACGAGCCUAUCAUCUCGUCAAGAGGCAGAAAGGCUCCCGGAAAGACAUCUCAGAAAGGAGCAGCCCCAAGCCGACAAACGCCAAGUGGCUCAGAGGCCCCAUCUGGCCCAUUAGGCUCACAAUCAAAAAACUCAGUCGGCCCCGACGCAGAUGGACUGGCAGAGGGAAGUCAAAAUGGGUUGUCAACUCCACCUCCUGGGACAUUAACACCGCUCGGUGCAAAUGGCGUUGGAGCAGCCAGCUCUGGUAGUCAGCUCGACGCCAUGGAAAUGGACAGUUUCGUUGCACCUGCUCUGACCCUGGCCGGCUCUUCCGCGAUUGGUUUCGAUUACGAUGACCCCGAAUAUCAGGUUUGGAAACAAGUCACUAAGAAGGAUCGCGCUCUUAUCGCAGCUGAAAGGCAUCGUCUCUUUAAGGGAGACAAGCUCAACGUUGAAGAGCCCGCGCUACUUCGAACCAAGACUGGCAUGCGAAGAUGGCUCAAGAAUCAGAAACAGGCUGGCCCUGACUCUGAUAAAGCGGCCGAGUCCCAGAGUAACGCUUUGCAGCCUGGGACCAGUGAAACUCUUGCCGAGGGAAUUGAGGAAGAUGACGACAGAGUCAUUCCGGACUAUUACGAUGUCAUGUCAGGCCUCCCAGACAUUCCACCCCAUCUCGUUUGGCGCGAAGAUGCCGAGGGUAACGUGGUUGACAAUCUUGAAGAAUUCUUGCAUAUUCUGCCAAAGGGAUCAUUUACGCAACCUGAUAGCAAACUAUCUCGAAGGAUGGAUGCUAACAUGCGACAAAUGCAAGAGACGAGGAAGAUUUGUUCCAAAGUUAGCAUUGUCAAGCAGAUGCAGCUUCAGUCUCAGGUGUAUCAGAAUCAGUUCCAGAAGUACCAGCCCGAGCCGUUCGUGGAACAAGAUGUGUCGACCCAUGUUAUGAAUGAUGAAGGACCUGUGAUCAAUCCAUGGAUCUCGAAAGCGGCACUCCAGCGGUCUGUUGGAAAGAUUCUUUACCAUACUGGCUUUGAAGAGUAUCAGCCAUCAGCCCUGGAUGCCAUCACCGAUAUCGCUUCUGAAUUCUUCGUGAAGAUCAGCCGAACCUUGAAAGAGUACAUGGAGGCUCCAAAAGUUCCAGUCGCUGAAACCUCUGAUGUGUUGAAUCCAGGUACCGUGCAAUACAAGUCGCAGUAUACACAGCAGGAAGCCAUUCUUCAUACUCUUUCAGCAGCGGGAACUGACGUUGAAUCUUUGGAAUCAUAUGUCAAGGAGGACAUUGAACGUGUUGGAACAAAGCUUGGUGUCAUUCAUGAGCGCCUCCGUGCCCACUUCACAGAACUACUUCGACCAGCCUUCCAUGAUUCUACCGGUGAUGGCUCGAAUGCAUUCAAUGACGGGAGCGAGCAAUUUGUUGGAGGCGACUUUGCCGAAGAUAUUGAUGAAGAUUUCUUUGGUUUCAAGGAAAUGGGAUUGGAUAGAGAGUUUGGUCUUGCUAGUUUGAGUGUGCCGUUUCAUCUUCUCCAAAACAGGAUGUACAAUGCGCAUCAGUCACAGAACACAAGCACUUCCCAAACCACGAGCACUCUAUUCCCAGUCCCACCGCCGUAUCCACAUAUCACAAUGGAGUCGUUGCCUUCACAAAUCGGCUUGGUACAGAAUUUCUUCUUGCAGAAACUGCAAGCCAACGGCGAAGAACCUAUUACGGAGGAUCUCGAGCUUCCUCUCAAACAACGCCCGUCUCGUCCAAAGCUUCCAGGAUCAGGAAAGAUUGUUCCUCCCAGCAACUCGAACCUCACAACAAGCCCUCAGAAGCGACCAUUACCGCCAAGCAUCGCACAGAUAUCUUCGAGUAAAGGCGGAAUUAAUUUUGCAGAACCCAGCAAGAAGAAGGCCAAAAAGAACAAUGGUACCGCUGCCGAUGCUUCUUCCCCAACUACAAUAGGACCUCCAGGCAAUGAAGAUUCUCUCGCUUCCUCGAUUAGCGACUCGAAGCUCUCCACGGAGAAUAAGUCUGUGGACGACCACGCUGCUACCAUCAAACAAUCUGCUGAGCAUGCCAAAGGUGAAGUUGGGACAACGAACGACGGCGUUGGCAUGACGGACUCUGGCGCUACAUUGACUGGGGAUGUUGAUCAACGUCAUGACAAACUUAAUGGGAUCCACUUUGCUAACAAUGAAAAUGCCGCUGGUACGAAUAGUAUGAUGAGCCCGGAAAGCAUCAACGGUCAUUCCUAA